CAAAGAACAAUCAGAUUCCAAUUAUGAACAGCACCAAGAAAAAUCCAUAAAACUCAAGAAGCCAGAAACUCCUCAUGAAACAGCUCUCUCGCUACAACCUCCCCAAGACACUUCAAAAUGGAUGCAACACAAAAUAGAUCCUGCUAGCCUGUACAACAAUCUAGUAGCUGGACGAGAACCUGUGAGUCUAUCGCAGGGUGAAAUGAAGAGUCUAACCAGCCAACAUUCCCCUGCUAAUAUACCCUGGAACUCAAAUUCGAGCCCUCGGAUGCACUCGCCAAUUUUCCCUUCUCAGCAGUCAGUCCGCGAAAAACUGUUGUCACUCGUCGGAUCUUCGCCUCAAACUGCCAGCCAACUUCUGUUCAAACCAAACCACUGUCCUCCCCAACCCCACCCUCAAUUCAACCCCUCCGCCCAGUCAUUCCUAGCACACCUUGCCCAACUGUACAAGUCAUCAGCAACAACGUCAACCAAUAAUUCAAGCAAUAAUCAUCACAACCCUUUUCGACCCCAAAACGGGUCCAUGAUGGUCGGGCAUGGGCAUGGACAUCCUAACAGCCAUAUAAUUUCACCACAACAGCACAGUGUGGACUACACAGGAAUUCCGGGAAUGGUAGGGGUAAUUGGACCAGGUGUUGUUCCUGGAUUCGGCUCUGGAGUCGGUGGGGUUUCUUCAGCUGGGGGGUUGAUGAAGAGGAAGAAGCCUCGCACUUCGUUCACACGUCUGCAGAUUUGUGAGCUGGAGAAGCGGUUCCACCAGCAGAAGUAUCUCGCAAGUGGAGAGAGGGCCACUUUGGCGUCCAAAUUGAACAUGACUGACUCACAAGUGAAGACUUGGUUUCAAAAUAGACGCACCAAGUGGAGGCGACAAUCAACUGAGGAACGGGAAGCAGAAAGACAAGUUGCCACUCAACUCAUGAUUGGAAUGGCCGCCACGGCCGCUGUUCAACAACAGCAACAAAAUCAGAGCAACUCACAUAAUUUAUUCGACGACAAAUCUCUUCUCGACUCCCAUGGCGAAGAUUCUAGUCCUCCUGAAACUCCCUCGCCAAUAGGGAUGGGUAUGAGUCAUCACUUACACUCAUUGCCCGAAGAAGAAAUAAAAGCUAUUCAGAUGAAAUUUUCGGUUGCAGCUGACGUUUGACAUCCUUUACAGAGAAAAUUGUGAUUUUGAAGAAUAAACACUACAAAAUAAUUUGU